AAUAGAAAUGUGGUAUAUAAUGUAGAACCCGCAACACCAUAGCUGUUGACACAAUACCCAACCCUUUCUGCGGGGCCCCAUCCCCCAUCCGAAAAUCCAAAUAUACUGUAGCGGCAUCGCGCGCGGGCCGAGUACGGUACCGGUAUAGUACCGGUACGUGUAUUGGCGUAUCAAAUUAUAUAUAGGCCUAGUCUGUCCAAUUCCUUCAAAACAUGUCGACUGUGAACAACAUGGCGAGUCUUUUACGCAGUAUCAACCGAGCUCUCUUGCAAUUCCACCCUGGUUUGUCUCGAAAAGUUAGCAAGCCCUUGGCAAGAUGUAUAUCUACUACUCAGUGUCUCAAUGUGGAGUUUUGUGAGAAUCCUUUAGAAGCAGUUAGUGAUAUACCUGAUAAUUCAACGCUGCUUGUUGGAGGAUUUGGACUUUGUGGCAUCCCAGAAAAUCUCAUUCAAGGAUUAUUAGAUACAGGGGUAAAGGGUAUUACAGCUGUCAGCAACAAUGCUGGUGUGGAUGAUUUUGGCCUUGGUCUCCUCCUUAAGACAAAACAGAUUAAAAGGAUGGUGUCAUCAUAUGUCGGUGAGAAUGCUGAGUUUGAAAGGCAAUAUUUAUCUGGAGAGUUAGAAGUGGAGCUCACACCACAGGGUACCUUAGCGGAAAGGAUACGAGCGGGAGGAGCAGGGGUACCAGCUUUCUUCACCCCGACUGGUUUUGGCACCCUAGUACACCUUGGUGGAUCACCCAUCAAGUACAAUGAUGAUGGGUCGGUGGCUAUCACCAGUGAACCUAGAGAGUCAAGAAUGUUCAACGGCAUCGACUACAUCAUGGAGAAUGCUAUCGUAGGAGACUAUGCUCUGGUGAAGGCAUGGAAGGCUGAUAGGGCAGGAAACCUUAUCUUCAGAAAAACAGCCAGAAACUUCAAUCCACCUAUGGCUAGAGCUGCCAAGAUAACUCUCGCUGAAGUUGAGGAGAUAGUUGAUGUAGAUUCCUUUGCACCUGAAGACAUCCAUGUACCAAGUAUAUACGUUCAGAAGGUUAUCUUAGGGAAGAACUACCAGAAGAGGAUAGAGAGACUAACAUUGUCCAAGGAGAAGUCUGAAGCCAGCGAAGAAGCCAAAAGUCCAGCUGCUCUACUAAGAGAGAGAAUCAUCAGGAGAGCUGCAUUAGAAUUCAAAGAUGGAAUGUAUGCUAAUCUUGGUAUUGGAAUGCCCAUGCUAGCCAGUAACUACAUAGAUCCAGAUGUGAAAGUAUAUCUUCAGAGUGAGAAUGGAGUGCUAGGAUUGGGUCCAUUUCCAAGGAAAGGUGAGGAGGAUCCAGACCUGAUCAACGCUGGUAAAGAAACAGUCACAGUGCUUCCAGGUUCAAGUUACUUUGCUAGUGAUGAAUCAUUUGCCAUGAUCAGAGGAGGACAUGUUGACCUGACCAUUCUCGGUGCUAUGCAGGUGUCAAAAUAUGGAGAUCUUGCUAACUGGAUGAUUCCGGGUAAGAUGGUGAAAGGAAUGGGUGGAGCUAUGGACCUUGUCUCCUCCCCCAGGACCAAAGUUGUAGUAACCAUGGAACAUGCUGCUAAAGGAGGCAAGGCAAAGCUGCUUACAGAGUGCAAUCUACCCCUGACUGGAAGGAGAUGUGUGGAUAGGGUCAUUACCGAAAUGGGUGUGUUUGACAUUGACGCUGAGGAAGGCAUGACCCUGGUUGAGAUCGCUGAUGGCGUGACAAUCGAGGACAUCAUCGAGAACACCGAAGCAGACUUUGAAGUUGCUGAAGACCUCAAACCCAUGGGACAAGUCUGAGGUGACCCCCUUAUCUCAUUAUUGAACUGAAUGAAAUUAAAUUGCUGAAAUUGGAUGGGUGUGUUCAGGUGUGCCUGGAUAAACUGUGAAGAAUGUUUUUUGUAUUGAAUAGGAACUGUGCAUUAGAGAAGAUUCCAUAUGUAUUCAAAAUUUGAUAUGGAAAAAGUGAAUGUGGUGUGUAUUGCAAUUCUCUCUGCCACAUUUAAUGUUUUUGACCAUAGAGUUCAGUACUGACCAAAUUUAUUUUGACAAUGCUUCUGUUCGGGUCUUAUGUAAAUUAAGUGGGUCAAGUCUUGACAAGUGUGAACAACUUUCACUGUCGAGCAAAGAAAAAGAGGAGGCAGGAUAUUAUUAUCAUGCUAUCUGCAGAGAUUAUAUAUAAAAAAUCUUGAGCUUUUAAGAGGAAUUAACAAGUCAAGAAAAAGAAGUUGAAAAAAUAAAUUAAAGUGCCGUAUCUGGACUUGCAUACGCGUAUGUGCUGAUUCGGUGACUGUCACCAAUAACCUAUUGUCUGCUUCUAAACUUUUUUAUUUGUGGUAGACAGAAAUGUAUUAUCGCACAAAAGCCUUUUUACAGUUCAUCUCGGCUUAUCUGAACAAGGCCUUAUACCCCUUUCACACUUGUCACCUGGACGGACAUCUGUGAAUUCAAGUGGACAACACUAGGAAAAGGCUCCUUUUACAUUAACAAUUAAGCUUUGGGGAAAAUAUGGUUAUGUGCUCUUAUGCAAUUAAAAAAAAUAUCCAUAGUACACAAAUGAUUGAACAAUGGUACAAACAUGUGUUAUUUGUGCUGCUUGUAUAUUUAUAUCUGUUUAAAGAUUUUGACCUUGGUUUACUUCUCCGGGGAAGGAGCUAUUGAGAGUUUAAAGGAAUGAAAAGAAGAGAGGGUUUUUUUAAAUAAAAUUUUUGUCAGGAUUUCAUCUCUGAGUCCCAUUCUGUUGCAAGAUAACUUGGGCUUAGCCGGUUGAACUUGAAAGUGUAAAAGGGGUAUAAGAGAAUUAGUCGUCGGCUUCCCUCAAGAAGGGACUUAGGGUAACUUUUUUUUUUUCUUUUUCAAAUAUUGAAAGAGUACGUCUUAGGCUAUCAAGUGAUGUGAAAAUUAUUUCGAAUUUUCAAGUAAACCUCAAAACAUCAGCAAAUUAAAAAGGGCAUAAUUAAAAAAAAUAUUGAAAAGUUAUCCUUAAGUCUCUUCUUGCGGGAAGCCGACAAAGUCAUACGUUAUUGCUGCAUGAAGUUGGUUGUGACUGACGGAUAUGAAUGGUACACUGUUGGUUGAAUGGAUUUACAUGUACUAAAAAGACAAACUCACUCACUGUGAGCCACCCGUUUUAUCUGUGAACUGUGUCUGUAAUCAGAAUACAUUCACAUUUGAGUGAAAAAGUGAACGAUUGUGAUAUGUACAUGUAGAUCACAAUGUCCGGCAUUAUUUUGAUAGGCAUAAUAAUCCACUAUUAAAAUUGCAGAUUUGAUUAUGAGUUGGUAUUUGGUUUUGUGAUGUACAUGUAAUUCUACAACUAUCCAAUCCUAACACAAAUCAAUUUUUUACUCAUAGAAACCAUGUUGUGUGUUUUUUUAAGUUGUCCUCAGGCCUUAAAUUUUGAUGUUUUGGGGGCAUGAUUACAUGUACAUGUACUUUGAAGAAAAAAAAGUACACAUUUGUAUAAUUACAUCACAAGUUGGAAAAUAUUAAAAAGGUCACGAAGGCCUGAAUUCACAAAGUGGAUUUUAAAACAAGUGGUUGAACCCAUGGUUCAUGCAGAUUUCCUGUAUUUACUGUGUAUGUUAAAAAAUGUCCAAUGCUGAUGCGUGCUUUUGUCACAGUGCGCUAAAUUGACGCCUGAUGCCAUGGUUAAGUACGCUGUUUUAUUCAUGAGUCCACUAUUUUAAGAGUGGACUCAUUAAGUCAAAACAGUGGACUCAUGAAUAAUAUAGCGUGGAUACGCUGGAUAACCACGGCAACAGGCAUCAAUUUGGCUCACUGUGACAAAAAAGAGCAUUAGCAUUAGCCUUUUUUUAUAUACGCGGUAAUUUAAGCAUAAUUUAUACAGAAAAUCUGUAUAAAUCAUGGGUUUAAGUUUAACCGAUGGUUUUGAAAACCACCUUUGUGAAUUUGAGCCCUAAAGUCUCAAAUCCAAUGAGAGGGAUACAGAGGCCAGUCAUUAAGGCUUCCAAGGUCAUAGCGUUGAUGGUCUUGAAAUAAUGUCAGCACUGAACCAAAUACAUUUUUUUUGUAUGAUUUUCUUAUUUUUAAUGUUUUUAAACCUCCCAUGUACUUAAUGAAUUGAUUGAUUUCAGAAUUUAUGUAUGAUGAUAAAGGAAAUUAUGGAUAAACAUUCAUUAGUUUAUUGUGUUGCCUGUGGAGGUUUUCAGUUAUGACAACUAAAUCAAAUCAAUGAAUGCCAACAAAAAUGAUUGCAAUGAUGUGUCUUUUUCCCAAUUCUUGUGCUGUGUGUACGAUUUUCAUCAGCAAUUUUCUCAUGUGACGUGUGCUGCAAAUUAAUGAGUUAUGUCUCAUUUAUGUAUGUCUGAAAAAAAGAUGAAAUCUCUAAUUCACUCUGUAUUUAAUCCAUACAGCAGUUUACAGAUUUAAACAAAUUCUUGACGAAAUACGGAAUCUUACACAUAAAGUCCUGUAUGUUUUUGAUGAAGCUAAUAAUUACAUGUACGUAGUAACUGCAGUCGUGCAUCUGUUUCAAUGAUAUUAAGUUGAAAGCUUGCAAUAAUUGUUAAAGUUAAUAUAUCAACCUAUAUGCCUAAUGGUAGGCAGAAACAAUUCUAUAUGUGGACAAUCACAUUGCAGUAAUGGUAUUUAAUCAUUGGUUAAAACUUGCUUCAAAUGGCGUAUACCAUAAUAUUUCCCAUUUUUGUCUCACCUGCAUAGCAGAGUGAGACUAUAGGCGCCGCUUUUCCGACGGCGGCGGCGGCGGCGGCGGCGGCGACGGCGGCGGCGGCGGCGGCGUCAACACCAAAUCUUAACCUGAGGUUAAGUUUUUGAAAUGACAGCAUAACUUAGAAAGUAUAUGGACCUAGUUCAUGAAACUUGGCCAUAAGGUUAAUCAAGUAUUACUGAACAUCCUGCCUGAGUUUCAUGUCACAUGACCAUGGUCAAUGGUCAUUUAGGGUCAAUGAACUUAGACCAUGUUGGGGGAAUCAACAUCAAAAUCUUAACCUAAGGUUAAGUUUUUGAAAUGUCAUCAUAACUUAGAAAAUAUAUGGACCUAGUUCAUGAAACUUAUACAUAAGGUUAAUCAAGUAUCACUGAACAUCCUGCAUGAGUUUCACGUCACAUGACCAAGGUCAAUGGUCAUUUAGGGUCAAUGAACUUUGGCCGAAUUGGGGGUAUCUGUAGAUUUACCAUCAUAACUUUAAAAGUUUAUGGAUCUGAUUCAUGAAACUCGGACAUAAUAGUAAUCAAGUAUUACUGAACAUCCUGUGCAAGUUUCAGGUCACAUGAUCAAGGUCAAAGGUCAUUUAGGGUCAAUGAACUUUGGUCAAAUUGGGGUAUUUGUUGAAUUACCGCCAUAACUUUGAAAGUGUGUUGGUCUAGUUCAUAAAACUUGGACAUAAGAGUAAUGAAGUAUCACUGAACAUCCUUUGCGCAUUUUAGGUCACAUGACCAAGGUCAAAGGUCAAUGAACUUUGGCCAUAAUGGGGGUAUCUGUUGAAUUACCAUUAUAACUUGGAAAGUUGAUGGAUCUUUCUCUUGAAACUUGGACAUAAGAGUAAUCAAGUAUCACUGAACAUCCUGUGCGAGUUUCAGGUCACAUGAUCAAGGUCAAAGGUCAUGUAAGGUCAAUGAACUUUGGCCACGUUGGGGGUAUUUGUUGAAUUACCAUCAUAUCUCUAUAAGUGUAUGGGUCUAGUUCAUAAAACGUGGAAAUAAGAGUAACCAAGUAUCACUGAACAUCUUGUGCGAGUUAUAGUAGUUUUCAAAAUCAGCACUGCUGCUAUGUUGAAUCGCGUGAUGCAGGUGAGACGGCCAGAGGCAUUCCACUUGUUAUUAUAUUUAAGUUUAAUUGGUGGUGAUUUCUCAAAACAUAUCUUGAUGUAUGUGUUUUAAGGUUAAUUAUAGCAGUUAAAUAGAAUAACAUAUAGCAUAAAGGGGUUAAAUUGGAUGACCUUCUGGGUCAUGCCUGACAUGGGUGUAUACAUUAACGUUUUCAUUUCAAAGAUUAGUUAUGCUUCCAUUUUUAGUAAUUGAAACUCUCUUUUAAAGGGUUUUGAAGAAAUAGAUCCCUUAAUAGGUCACACGUAGGUCACAUUACAGAAUCUGUUCUUAUACUUUCUAUUAAUACAUCAAAUGAUGCGACAGAUAUAUCACAUUUAUUUAACUAGCAUUAAAUGCUUAAUUUAAUCAGAAUAUAACAAAGUAUUUUCAUCUAAUUAAUAGUAUUACUGAUUUAAUUCGUUACAUGUUUGCUAUAUUGAUACUUUGUAUCAAUGUCACAUUUAUAUUGUACAAAAUCUGAGUUGUGGUAUAUUUGCACUUGCAGUCUGUUGAUCAUGUGCUCUUUCUGCAAAAGAUGAUAAAAGGCUUUCUGUGAACUUGUGAAGUCUAUAUUUUUUAAUCAUUGAUGUGAUCAAACAUUAACCAAACCAUUACUACAGAACACAGAAGGAAUGCAUGAAAGUUAAAAUCAAAAGUACUUUUAUAAAUUAAAGUGCAAAUAUCCAAUUGCUGAAUUGCUUAAUAUGCAAACAAACUUUCAGAGGCGAUAUCUUCAUACAUGUACUAAAUAUCUUCUCUGCAUUCUGAAAGACUAUAUUGAAUAAUAGCGAAUAGUUUUACUUUGGGGUAUACAGUAACACACCAAAGGAAGACAUCAUGAAAGUAUGCUCUCAUGUCAUGACAGACGAAAUUUGAAAGUGGAUCAACAUUGUUAACAAGCUUCCUUUAGUUAAGAUUAUUAAUGAAUACAAGAUUUGUUAAAUUUCUAAAAAGGGACUGUGUCCAUUUGUUAUUCAUCUUUUGUUAAAAUUUGAAAGCAAUAAUGAUGCAGUUAGCAAUGGUUUAUUGGCAAAAUGAUUUGCCUCUCUGAAUCAAGAAAAAUGUCACAACUAUUAUUUAAAAGAGCUCAAUCUUGCUUGGUAUUUCUUACAUCUGUGUCACUUUUAGAGGGUUUAUUUCUGAAAUAGUGUAUCUCUUCUUCAUGCUUGUAUUCCUAAGAAACUUGUCAAUACACAAUAUCUUGUGGCGGACUGUAAUUAUAUUUUUAUGACAUUUAAAAGAUUUGAAAGUAUCAUGUGUGUAUUAAAUGACAGUUAUAUUAUGAA